AGGAGUUCUUUGCUGGAAUAAAUAAGCCUUAGCAUUCAUGAGAAUCAGCUACUCCAGACAGACAGCUUUGGAAUCACCAGCUCUAUCCAACUCCCUGAGGCAGAGUUGACAAUGCGGAGAAUGUUACCUCUCCUGGCUCUGGGGCUCUUGGUGGCUGGAUUCUGCCCUGCUGUCCUCUGCCACCCUAAGAGCACACUUGACAAGAAGAAUCCGAGCCAGGAGGACCAAGACCAGGGGACACAUGUGGACUUCCGAUUAGCCUCCAACAACAUGGACUUCGCCUUCAGCCUGUACAAGCAGUUGACCUGGAAGGCCCCUGGUAAGAAUGUCAUCUUCUCCCCGCUGAGCAUCUCCACUGCCUUGGCCUUCCUGUCCCUGGGGGCCCGCAAUUCCACCCUGAUGGAGCUUCUCAAAGGCCUCAAGUUCAACCUCACAGAGACUUCCGAGGCAGAAAUUCACCAGAGCUUCCAGCACCUCCUGAGCACCCUCAACCAGUCCAGUGAUGAGCUGCAGCUCAGGAUGGGAAACGCCAUGUUCGUCAAAGAGCAGCUCCAACUGCUGGACAGGUUCACGGAGGAUGCCAAGAGCCUGUAUGGCGCCGAGGCCUUUGCCACUGACUUUCAGGACUCAGAGGCCGCUAAGAAGCUCAUCAAUGACUACGUGCAGAAGGGAACACGAGGGAAAAUCAGGGAUCUGAUCAAGAACCUUGACCAGCAGACCAUGAUGGUCCUGGUGAAUUACAUCUUCUUUAAAGCCAAGUGGAAGACUCCCUUUGACCCCCGUGAUACUUUUGAGUCAAGGUUCUACUUUAGCAAGAGGAGGUGGGUGAAGGUGCUCAUGAUGAGCUUGGAGGACCUGACCGCACCUUACCUCCGGGACGAGGAGCUGUCCUGCACCGUGCUGGAGCUGCGGUACGAAGGCAAUGCCAGCGCACUCUUCAUCCUCCCCGAUCGAGACAAGAUGGAGGAAGUGGAAGCCAUGCUGCUCCCAGAGACCCUGAAGCGGUGGAGGGACUCACUGGAGACCAGAUGGAUAGAUGAGCUCUUUCUGCCAAAGUUUUCCAUCUCGGGGGACUAUAACCUGGAACACAUACUUCCCCAGCUGGGCAUCGAGGAGGUCUUCACCAGCAAGGCUGACCUGUCAGGGAUCACAGGGGCCAGAAACCUACAGGUCUCCCAGGUGGUCCACAAGGCUGUGCUUGAUGUGUCUGAGGAGGGCACAGAAGCAUCUGCUGCCACAGGAGUCAAAAUCAUCCCCUUAUCCGCAAAGGUGGGCCCGAAGACCACUGUGCGUUUCAACAUGCCAUUCCUGGUGAUCGUCGCCCGAACCGACACCCCGAGCAUCCUCUUCAUGAGCAAAGUCACCAAUCCCAAAAAAGCCUAGAGCUUGCCAUUGAGCAGUGGGGCUCCCAUUAAGGAGCCAGGAAUGAAAGCUGGAUGCUUGGGUCUCUGGGCACAGCCUGACCCCAUGCACCGAGCGGCCAGGGCAUGUCUGGCCCUGUGUGCUAACCCUUGGAAGGUGACAGUGACUGCCUGUGGAGCUCCCACAUGCACAGGGACCCAUGGACUCUUUGUUUGGGAAGGUCCUGGGCCUCCUGACAACAAUAAACAAUUUCCUUGGACACGC